AUGGCUGCUACAAUCCAAACGGUGUCCGAGAGCAAGGAGCUGCGCGGGCUGAAUCUGAUCGCUGCCCAUUCCCACAUUCGCGGCCUAGGUGUAGAUCCAGAUACACUCGAGCCUCGAGCUUCAUCACAAGGACUGGUUGGUCAGGAGAAGGCGCGUAAGGCUGCCGCCGUGAUUCUGCAGAUGGUGAAGGAGGGGAAGAUUGCUGGUAGAGCUGUGUUGAUUUCUGGGCCACCGAGCACUGGAAAGACCGCUAUUGCCCUGGGAAUGUCGCAGUCUUUAGGCUCAGAUACACCAUUCGUCAUGCUAUCCUCCUCCGAAAUCUUCUCCCUUGAGAUGUCCAAGACCGAAGCCCUUGAACAAGCAUUCCGGAAGUCGAUCGGCGUGCGGAUAAAGGAGGAAAGCGAAAUGAUUGAGGGAGAAGUCGUUGAGAUCCAAACGGAUCGAAGUGUGACAGGAGGAACGAAGCAGGGCAAGCUUACGAUCAAGACAACAGACAUGGAAUCAGUCUACGACAUGGGAAGCAAGAUGAUUGAUGCGAUGACGAAGGAGCGCGUUAUGGCUGGAGAUAUCAUAUCGAUCGACAAAUCAUCAGGCAAAAUCAGCAAACUUGGACGGUCAUUUGCCAAGUCACGCGACUACGAUGCGAUGGGUGUUGACACCAAAUUUCUGCAAUGUCCAGACGGGGAUUUGCAGAAGCGCAAGGAGGUGGUACACACAGUCAGCCUACACGAGAUUGAUGUCAUCAACUCGAGGACACAAGGUUUUCUAGCACUCUUUUCUGGUGAUACCGGCGAGAUCAGGAGUGAGGUUCGAGAUCAGAUCAACACCAAAGUCGCAGAAUGGAAGGAAGAGGGCAAGGCUGAGAUUGUGCCUGGUGUGCUCUUCAUUGAUGAAGUGCACAUGCUGGAUAUCGAGUGCUUCUCGUACAUCAACCGUGCUCUCGAGGACGAGCUAGCCCCUAUUGUCAUCAUGGCAAGCAACAGAGGCAACUCAAGAAUUCGAGGAACCAACUACAGAAGCCCCCACGGCCUUCCACUAGAUUUCUUGGACCGAGUUGUUAUUGUCAGCACACAUGCGUAUGUCAAGGAGGAGAUCCAGCAGAUUCUCUCCAUCCGUGCUCAAGAGGAAGAGGUGGAUCUCACGCCAGACGCCUUAGCCCUGUUGACCAAGAUUGGCCAGGAGACAGGUCUACGAUAUGCCAGUAAUCUGAUCACCACAUCACAGCUCAUUGCUGCAAAGAGACGGCAAAAGCAGGUUGGUAUCGAGGACGUGCAACGAAGCUUCGCUCUUUUCUAUGAUUCAGGCAGAAGCGUGAAGUUUGUUGCCGAGUUCGAGAAGAGACUCAUCGGGGACGGAGGUGCAGUUAGUCUGUCAGUUACGAACGGACACGGUGAUGCAAUGGAGCUUUCAUGA